AUGGCACCAUCAUUGGCACUACCACCAGGACAGAGCACCGCAGAUGCUGAUAGACCCCACAUCCAGGGGCGAGUGUUCGCCUUGACUACAGCUGAAGCAGAGCAAGGGAAAGACACAGUGCAAGGUAUCUUAUCCUUAUAUGAUAUUGAUGUUUGUGUUUUAUUUGAUACGGGAUCCACACACUCUUUUGUUGCACCUCGGGUGGUAUGUCAUAUUCCAAUUUCCAGUACAUUGUUACCAUAUUAUUUGAUUGUGACUACUCCGGGAGAUACGAAAAUGGUGGGUAGUGAGGUGUAUAGAGAUUGUAAAAUCAUGGUGCACGAUAAGGAGUUUCCGGGGAAUUUGGUGGUGCUAGACAUAAAAGAUUUUGAUCUUAUUUUGGGCAUGGACUGGCUAUCCCAACACUAUGCUAAGGUUGAUUGUCGGCACAAGGUAAUUCAUUUUGAGUUGCCUCAUCAGCCAAUUGUUGUGUAUAGAGGCAGUAAACCAAUGAGCUCCACACCCUUGAUUUCGGUGAUGAAGGCGGAGAAAUUAAUGUGA